CGCGCUGCUGACAGACAGACACGUUUGAAAACUCACACACGGUUACUUUGUUGAGCUGUCUGGUGAAAAGAAAUGGAAAAUCAGAAGAGACUGAGAGAUCCACUGGAGGAGAACACUUCAGCCUCUAGUGAACUUGAGAAUGUGUUAAAGAGAAGGCGGCUGGCCGCAGGCGGUGAGGAGAACCUGGACCCCACAAAUUCCCCUGCUAGGACUCGUGAGAGACGGGCAGAGCUUGAGGUGAAACCAGACACCCCAGCCAUCGCCUCGAUUCGCUCUAGAGUCCAGCAACUCAGCCAGAGACGGGAUGGUGGGACUGGACUCCAACGCUGCUUGUCUGACCCUGGGUCCGAGGGUCCGAAUAUCUGUCACAUUGGUGAGGGAGAGUUUAGCUCCCGCCUGGAGCGCUUCAAAGCUCCAACACCUCAGAACAGCCCUGGUCACUGCACCCCCUGCACACGCAAUCUCUCCAGAUUUGUGCAUGGCAUCCAACAGCAACUGAACACUACAGUGACACCCAGCAGUAAAGAGGUCUCCCGUAUUCGUCAGGCACGUGAGGAUGAGUUGCGUCUAUUGAAGGUUCAGCCAGUGGCAGAGAACAUGUGGUUGAAGAGAAGUCUGUCUGACUCUUCUCUUACUGAGGAAGAGCUGAAGGAUUCUGAAUUCAGCUCCUGUGAGGUUGACAGUAAGGAGUUUGAAGGAAGUCUGAACACCACACCACCAUGUACAGUGGCGAUUCGUUUCCCCAGUGAAGAGCUUAAUACCUCAGCAGAACCUUCAUCCUUGAGCACUUCUGCCCUGAUUGACAAGAUGUUUGAGGACGUCCUGCAGGAUGCAGACAAGGAGGAUGAAGAUGAAGGUGAAAAUACAGAGAAUGAAGAGGAGAUAGAGAAAGACAAGAGCAAUUCUUCAGAGCCUGAAAAAGAUGAACCAGAAUCAGACACGGUGGAAUCAAAUCAGGAGUCCCUUGACCAGAGUGAAGAAACUCCUGAUGGCAGUUCUGCAGGUGAUGAAGAGAAGGAGCUCCAGCCUGUUGAUGGUGAAGAAGUAGAGAUGGAGAGGGAGGAGGAAAGCGGCCAUUUGGGUGCUGAAGAGGACUUCCUUACUCUGCCGCCCAGCUGUAUUCUCUCUCCUCUCAGUAAAUCAGUGGAAGCUGUUGUCACACCAUUGGAGAUUGAAAUCACUGUGCCCGAACCAUCAGUCCUGCCACCAUCACCUGAAGAAAUGUCAAUGUGUACUGCUGACAAUGUUCCACCUCUGUACAGCAUUGACUCUUACCGCUCACAAAGGAAGAUCCACCCUCCCUCUACGCAAAGCAUGACACCUGGAGUUCAGAAGCAAGCUAAUGAAAAAACCUGCCCAACACAGCCCAUCAACACCAAGGAGAGAAUUAAGGCUCUGAAUGAGGAAGAAGCCAAGCUGCAGACGAUCAUUACACAGACGCUGCAGGCUCUGAGCUGCUGCAGUGAUGAGGAGCAUGGGAAGGGUUCCCUGCAGGAGGCGGAGGCUGAAAAACUCCUGCUUGUUUCCUGUGAGAAGCGGGCAGCCUUACUGGCAGAGGUCAGCAGGCUGAGAGAGGGUGUGUCCGGAGAACAAGACUCCAGUAAUGCUUCUCUUCAGCCCUGUAGGGGUACCGUCAGUAUCAGUAGCAUCCAGCUGCCUCUCAAGGUGGAGUUUGUGUGCUCUGCUCGAACAGGCCGUCCAACACACUACUUCUUCGUUCUGAUUCGUUAUGGCCCAUGUAACAUUAUGGCGACACCUUUGGCUACAGCAGCUGAUGCCCAUAAUGGAGACACCAUCAGUUUCCCAACAUCCAUCACACUACAAGACAUCCGUUCCAGUUUUGAGAUUGAUGUCGAGGUCUACAGUUUGUCCAAUACACAGAGCAAUACCAGCAGCAUUAACAUUCAGCAGUUCCGCAGCUCGACAAAGUCAAGGGUGACACCCAAGAAGAUACUCCACAGCAUAACAAAAUCUAACCAGAGUGUGACAUCUGCUAAUCUGCCUGGUCUGAGUGCCCGACGCUCCAGUAACUUCACAUUAGUGGGCUCCCACAAAAUCACCCUGAAUUCACUGGGACAGAGCAAGUUCCCUCUGGACAAGAUGAAAUUUGAAGGCAAAAUCAGGCGACUUCUUGGAGAUGAGUUUCAGGAAAAGGUUCCUUUUCUCUCUCCUCUGGAGGGACACAUCUAUCUGCGUCUGCACAGUGAGGGCCACUCCAACGUCCAGCAUCAAGGAUUUUGGACCAUGUUCGAGGAUGUGAGUGGUUUUGGAGCCUGGCAGAGGUUGUACUUUCUUCUUGAAGGAGGGCAUCUGCUCUACUGGAACCAUCCAAAUGAGAUGGGUGACAAGCCAGCAGAUGGCAGUCUCUCCCUCUUUGGCUUCUGCAGUGUUAGACCCGUGGAGAGAGAGUGCUGUGCACGGCCACACACCUUUGAAUUGGUAGAGACUAACACCCUGCUGCAAGAAGACAGCCAGACCUUGAAGAAAUGCUGGUUCUCAGCAGACACAAGAGAGGAGAGGACUGACUGGAUGGAGAAACUCAAUCAAAAUUUACUGGACUUUCAGACCUGGAACAAGAAGCCUGUCUCCAAUGACAACUGGGCUAGCACAUCUUCUACCUCCGGAACCUCUCGUGAGAGCAUCCUAUAGUGCUGCACUAAUAUGAACCCCUUAACAUGUAACACUAAGAAGGGAGCUCAAACUGAAGAAUAGAUCAAAACUGGCACUUUGUAAUGAGCAUGAAGAUCUAUUGAGAUUAAACUCAGGCAGCCUCAGAAGGCUUAUAUUAAGAAUGCAUCAUGAUCUGCCUUAUAUAGCUGUUUAUUAGACGCUAAUAGAAUAUUGGCAUAUUUAUCUAAAUUAAAUAUCUGACUUUUUGCUAUACUCGAAAUAUAAUAAGUUAAGCAAUGUUAAUGCUAAUCAUUACAACUGUUUACCACACGAUAAUUUGGCUUUAAGGAGAAAUUGACUAAUAUUUGAUUUUUGGCAAUAUUCACAUUAGCAGAGGAGUGCGGUUUGUAUGUUUUCAAGGUAAAUGCUUUAAGGUAAGUGCCUAGUUUGAAUGUCAAUUUAUCUGCUGCCUUAUCAGUAGGUAUUCACUCAGUGUGAUUACAUGUGGGCUUUACAUUUUAAUGCAAUAAUCCUAAAACCAGGAUCUGUUUUGGCUUAUGGUUAUUUAUGAGGGUCUCCCUGAUUGAUGCUGUUAAGUUUGAUGAAAUAUUUGGAAAGCACUGCAUCUCCUCUAUACUAAAGCUUUUUAGUUUUAUUGCUUGCUCUUUGGCAACAAUCUGCAGUCUUUAUCUAGAAGGGAGAAUUGUUUUUAUUUGUGUAUAUACAGUAUAUGAAGUACGUAAUGAAUACUGUUGCUGAUUUCUAUAUGAUUUGUUUUUGGGGGAGGGAGGAGGGGAUUCAUAUCGUUAUCUCCUCAUGACCUUAUUUUGAAUAAUAUUGGUAAUUAUAUUCUCAGCGCGGUGAGAUUUUGGGAGUACCUUCUUAUGCAUUACAUCUACUGAGUUGGACAGUCCGACCAAGAAUGUAGUCAGUCGUUCAUGUCAUGUUUGUAACUUUACCCAAAUGUAGUCUGGGGUUCUCGGGGUUGAAUCUGGAACACCUUAAAGCUGUUACGUAUGACAGUUUUUCAUGUGUGCAAAUCAUUUUGCAGGAAAUGUUUUGUUGGUGGAGGUUGAUUUAAAGUGUCAGUAGAUUACAUCUAUUUGUCAUUAGAAUGAAAAGUUGCCUUUCCAGGGUCAUUUCUUUGAAACAGUUGGGAAGUAUUUGUACGUGAUGUAUUUGUCCCAUAUAAGUGUUUAUUGCUGAGGGUUUCCAUAUUCUAUAUCUGUGUAAAACUCUAUGAAAUAUCCUGGGAAAGGAACUAUAAAAUAAAUAUGGCUGU